AUGUCAGAGCCUAUCAAUGAACGUACUGAGGAACCUGAUCAAGUUGCUGAAGCCUACGACGACAACGAACAGGGUAGCAGAAAAGACCCUAGUAACAAAUGGCUCCGUACUCGGAAAGGAGACGUCAUCGGUGACACAGCUAAGAGACAGAGAGUCCUCAAGAAAGUCCAGGACACGUGGGUAUGUUUCGCGGACAGAGCUACUGGAGGUGAACUUCAGUCGACUUUACGGAUUUUGAAUGAGGAUGGUACCCCCAAAUACGAGGAUGAAGAAAGAAAACCCAAGAAGAAGGUUGCAUGUUAUUUGAGCUACUGUGGAACGGGAUACCACGGCAUGCAGAUGAACCCUCCUGCUAAGACCAUUGAGGGUGAUUUGUUUGACGCUUUUGUGAAAGCAGGGGCUAUUUCCAAGAAUAAUUCCAACGAUCUGAAAAAGAGCAGUUUCAUGAGAGCUGCACGUACCGACAAAGGUGUGCAUGCUGCUGGAAAUGUGAUUUCGCUGAAGCUUAUUAUUGAGGAUCCAGAUUUGGUUGAGAAAAUCAACAGCUAUCUUCCUGAUCAAAUCAGAUUUUGGGGCUAUGAGAGGGUGAAUAAGUCUUUUGACUGUCGCAAGGUUUGUUCCUCAAGAAUUUACGAGUACCUUAUGCCAACAUACUCAUUCUUGCCUCCAAAGCCAAGUAGUCCCCUGGCAGCUCAAAUAAUCGAGGCGGAAAGGGAGUUCCCGGGAACGACGAGAAAAGACCCAGAAGGAGAAAAAUUCUGGGAGGAGGUGAACGUUGAGCUUGAGAAGGCCGGUAUUACAGAAGACCAAAUGGCGCAGAUCAGAGAGGCAAAUAGAGAAGGAAUUCAACUGACUGUUCCGCUUGAACUUGCCGACAAAAAAUCUAGAGAAAUCAUGAAUGCAGCCCGCAAGCGGUAUAAAAUCUCAACCGAGAAGCUGAAUCUACUAAGAGAUGCUUUGAAAAUCUACCUGGGACCGCAUAAUUUCCAUAAUUUCACUAAUGGGAAGGAUUACAAAGACCCUUCUGCCAUCAGAUUCAUGAAAAAUAUCACUGUGAGCGAUCCUAUUGUGGUGAACGACCAGGAAUGGGUGUCUAUCAAGAUACACGGACAGUCAUUUAUGCUCCACCAGAUUCGUAAGAUGAUUGCCAUGGCUACCCUUGUUGUGAGAACAGGCUGUCCGUUGGCCAGAAUUGAGGAGGCUUUUGGACCCGAGAAGGUCAACAUUCCUAAGGCGCCCGCUUUAGGACUUUUGCUCGAGCAGCCAGUGUAUGAGAGCUACAAUGCGAAGCUCGAGAAGUUUGGAUAUAACCCACUUUCUUUCGAUAAGUUUGCCGCAGAAAUCGAUGAAUUCAAACGCAAACAUAUCUACGAUAAAAUUUACGCAGAGGAGGAGCGCGACAACGUCUUUUACGGAUUCUUUGGCUUUAUCGAUGGAUUUGCUGGAUACGACGAUCAGAACGGCACUCCGAUCUUUAAUUUCCUGACUGCCAGAGGCAUCCGAAAAGAGGAACCCAAAAAAGAAUAA